UUUACGGUAUUCCGCAGCAACGUUUUCCCCUUCUUCGACGUUUUCUCUUCUAUUCUCGGCCUUCUCUGCCCCUUCUUCACCUCUCGAUUCCUCCCUCGCCAAAUCGAAGCGGAAGCGUCUCUAGAUCCGCGAUCGGAUGGCGACGGACGACAACAUGGAGCAACCGGUGACGCCGUACGGGAGGGUGGAAGGGGUGGCGAGCUGGGUGGGAGCUAGCGUGGUGUCCGCCUUCUUCGCCUCCCUAGAGCGCUGCUCCUGCAUCACCCUCAACACCUUCGAGGACGAAGACGACGACGACGACGACGAACAAGAGGAGGUCAAGGACCGCCCUCUCAUGCUCACCAAGCCCCCCAACCAAUACGAUGACGUUGAUGAAUCACAGAGCCCCUCGCCCCCCGUCUGAUCGAAAACGUUUUACCAAAAUUGAUCGUUGGAAGCGGCCGAUCUGUGAGUCUCCCUCCUUGAAUUUCCCUUCUUUUGAACUCUUGCAAGUUUUCUGCUCCUUGUUCUUGUUGUUGAAUGUGUGUACGGGUCUGAAUUUGCCCUAAAAAUUCGAUCUUUACGAGGGAGAAUCUCUGUGAUUUUUGUUUUGUAUCUCUCUUUUGAUUCAGUAUCUCAAUGUCGUUAGUAAAUUGAUAACACAGUCGAUGAUCGCUGUUCACCAUGUCCAAAAAAUUCAUCUUGGGAAUCGAUGGUGCCCAUGCUUA